AUGACAAAUGGAGGAUUGAAAUGUAUCUGGGUAUCACCAAGCUUGUGAUAUCAUCCCAAACUCCUUUCUUUUACAAUAAAAUACAAAGAAGAGCGUUAUAUAAAAAUACAAACAUAUUCAUGAAGAAAGACUGCCAGUAAUUAGGUUUCAGUUCCACCAGAAGAAGCUCCUAGAGAAGAUCAGUGAUCAUAUUGGCAAUCAUUCUUGUAAAUAUGCUAUAAAGAGGCUAAAAAGAGACUGAAACUCUCUGAGAUAGCAUCAUUAAGAGCAAGCCUGUUAAUAAAUUUUGAUUAAGAUAUCCCUCCAAGUGAAUUGGAGGAAAUAUUCCACACCAGAAGUUGUUGUAUAAGCUGAAGACGCUUUGAAAUAUCACCUUGUUGUAUAACCAUUUUGGACGAAAGAUAUCGACUUUUUCCAAUUAAGAAGACAAUUGAAACUAUUGAAACCUAAUAAAGCCAAUAACCCUUGACAUAAUACCAGGAAUUAAACAGGAAAAAUGAGGAGAUAUAGAAGAGUGCUUAUGAUAGUCCUUCAAUUAAUAUGAGAUUGAAGAUAUUAUCUAUCCAGAUAAGUGGACCAAUUUAUGCCAUUGAUUACCUUAA